AUGGAGGAUCGAGCCCCACCCGGAUCCAGGAUGCAGAACCCACAGGCCCUCCACAUAGCUACUGGCUGGGCCCGCAAACGCUAUGGCCCCAAGCUUUCUACAACCACCCUUCACACGACUCCAUCUGCCCCCACCCCCAUGUCCAUCCCUGGGGCCCCUUCCCCCCCCAUCCCACCACAGACUUCUGUCUCCCCCAGCAUCCACCCACGGCCGCCGGGGCAACCACCUACUGGCGACAAUAUUGUCAACCGAGGAAAGCCCCGCACCCCCUCAGGGCCUUCUCCCACCUCUCCGCCCGAACUAGGAAGCUCACCCCCUCCGGUUCCGAUUUAUGCCCAGGUUGUCAUUCAGGCCCCGAACAGCAAGUGCCCUCCUCCUGUAACGGAGGGACCCCCUGUCCCGGUGACGCACCCUCACGUCCGGCCACGGGCUCUCUCUCCAUCCCCCACGUGUCCGUUGAGUGCAUCCACCCCUUUGCCCCAACGAUCCAAAACACGCCUCUCCUUCCAAAUCACCCGGGACAUACAGGAACCACUUCCCAACUCCCCUACCCCACAACUUUCUCCUGUUCUCCCCAUCUUACACAAUAAGCCCUCUAUUCCAUCGCCUUCAUCCUCUCCCAUUCUCCCCCAGCAGCCAACUGAAGAACAUCCACCGGCAUUCUCCCAUCAACCCACACAUGGCACACUGCUAUCAACGCAGUCUGCCACCCAGGAGACCGGGGAUUGA